AGUGUCAAUGAAAACCUCAAAGUCUGGAGACAAAUGACCUUUCAUGGAAUAUGAAGUGCGCCUCCUGCUACAUGCUUUUCUCUUACUAACCCCUGACAACUAAGCAUCUGGCCCUGCGUCUACAGAAAGUCAACUGAUCAAAUUCCUCAUGAUGCAUCAACUGUUCAGGCUGGUUUUGGGACAAAAAGAUCUUUCAAGAGCUGGGGACCUCUUCUCCUUAGAUGACUCUGAAAUUGAAGACAGCCUAACAGAAGCUUUGGAGCAGAUUAAAAUAAUUAGCUCAUCUUCAGACUACCAAACCAAUAACAAUGACCAGGCAGUGGUUGAAAUCUGUAUCACAAGAAUCACAACAGCCAUCAGAGAGACGGGGUCCAUUGAAAAGCAUGCCAAGUCCCUCGUGGGGCUCUGGGACUCCUGCCUGGAACACAACCUGAGAGCCUUGGGGAAAGAUGAAGACACUCCUUACUCGAAAAUCGCAUCUGAUAUCACGAGUUGCAUUUUGCAGAACUACAACCAGCCCCCUGUGAUGGCCUUAGCCGUACCCAUUGCUGUAAAAUUCCUCCACAGAGGCAACAAGGACCUGUGCAAGAAUAUGUCUAACUACCUGUCUCUGGCUUCGAUCACCAAAGCAGAUCUUUUGGCUGACCACACAGAAGUCAUAGUGAAGAGCAUCCUCCAAGGAAAUGCCAUGUUGUUAAGGGUGUUGCCUGCCGUGUAUGAAAAGCAGCCUCAGCCAAUCAACAGACACCUGCCAGAGCUCCUGGCCUUGCUAGCUCAACUGGAAGAACCGGGACAGUACCAUCUACUAAGGCUUUUGCAUGUAGCAGCAAAGAGAAAACAGAUAGAGGUGGCUCAAAAAUGUGUCCCUGUCCUCAUCAGGCACUUGAAGGAUUCAACCCACACUGACAUCAUCCUAAACAUCCUCAUAGAGAUAGCAGGCUAUGAGCCACUGGCUUUGAACAGCUUUCUUCCAAUGCUGAAAGAGAUUGGUGAGAGAUUCCCCUACCUCAUUGGACAAAUGGCGAGGAUCUACGGAGCUGUUGGGCACGUGGAUGAAGAGAGAGCCAGGAGCUGCCUGACAUACUUGGUUAGCCAGCUGGCCAACAUGGAGCAUUCGUUUCACCAUAUUCUCCUGCUGGAGAUUAAGAGCAUCACUGACACCUUCGUCUCCAUCCUAGGCCCUCAAAGCAGAGACAUCUUCCGCAUGAGUAACAGCUUUACCACCAUUGCCAGACUCCUCUCACGACAACUGGAGAAUGCCAAGACGGGAAGCAGCAGGUGA